AUGUCUUCUCCAAAUCACAACCCGCAUCAGGGCUCAUUUUUGAGCCCGAUUGUGGUUACCAACACUUCCGGCAGAGAGCGCUCGCUAUCAGUUUCGUCAGUAGCAGCCUCUUCAUCAUGUCCUAGUCCUACAGAUUUUGCCCAUAGUCCAUCAUCAACUUUAUCCCCCGACAUGGCAUGGAAUCAAGAUUCAAACCACUUAAGCGUGCAACAUGCCUCGCAUCGACCCUCACAGUCCAUCGACGGAGAUACUCUCCGUCCACGCUCGGACUCAUUCACCUCAAAUACAGAUACAAUGGUGCUCCGCUCACGAACAAAUUCCGACGUUGGCACCAAAAUACUAUACGACGAUGUCCCACUGUCCGAGGCAUUACGACCUGAUCCUCGUGAAGAAGCGGAUUUCCAUGUGCAAGAAAAUAGAUUCGCCUUCUCACCCGGCCAACUAAAUAAAAUGCAGAACCCGAAAUCUCUCGCUGCUUUCCAUGCUCUUGGUGGCUUGCAGGGACUUGAACGUGGUCUUCGGACUGAUCUUCAUGCAGGUUUAUCUGUUGAUGAAGGUCGAUUGGCUGGAUCUGUGGAUUUCCAGCAGGUUACGCCGCCUUUAUAUGAUAGACGGUCCUCGACUGCCAAGGCACCUCUUGAUGAGAAGAGUAACGAGGCGCUGAGCACCACGCCUGAGGCUUUUGGUGAUGGUGGUUCACCAUUUGAAGACCGGACCCGGAUUUUCGGGAAGAAUCAACUCCCGGCUCGAAAGUCGACUGGAUUCUUCAAAUUGUUUUGGAUUGCAUAUAAUGAUAAAAUUAUUAUUUUGUUGACCAUCGCUGCUAUUGUCUCACUGUCCUUGGGCAUAUACGAGACUAUUGACGAUGGCACUGGUGUGGAGUGGGUGGAGGGUGUUGCUAUUUGUGUUGCUAUUUUGAUUGUCACUGUUGUGACUGCUGCCAACGAUUGGCAGAAGGAAAGACAGUUUGCCAAACUCAAUAAGCGGAAUGAUGACCGAGAUGUCAAAGUGGUUCGCUCGGGCAGAUCCAUGAUGGUAUCUGUCUAUGAUAUCAUGGUUGGCGAUGUCCUUCACCUUGAACCUGGUGAUUCGAUCCCAGCGGAUGGAAUCUUAAUCUCGGGGCAUGGUGUGAAAUGUGAUGAAUCGUCUGCGACGGGUGAGUCUGAUCAGAUGAAGAAAACGGAUGGCAAUGAAGUCUGGCAACAAAUUAUCGAGGGGAGAGCGACCAAGAAGCUUGACCCUUUUAUGAUCUCCGGCAGCAAGGUUCUGGAGGGCGUUGGUACCUAUUUGGUUACUAGUGUUGGGCCAUAUUCUACAUAUGGUCGCAUCAUGCUCUCAUUGCAGACUACUAAUGACCCGACGCCGCUCCAGGUGAAACUGGGUCGCUUAGCUGAUUGGAUUGGAUAUCUGGGUUCAGCUGCUGCCAUUAUCUUAUUUUUGGUCUUGCUGUUCCGAUUUAUUGCUGACCUGCCAAAUAACCAUGGCAAUUCCGCUGCCAAGGGCAAGGAGUUUGUGGAUAUUCUCAUUGUGGCUGUGACUGUUAUUGUUGUCGCCAUUCCAGAGGGCCUGCCUUUGGCUGUCACACUGGCUUUGGCAUUUGCUACCACGCGCAUGGUCAAGGAGAAUAACCUCGUUCGUGUCCUUCGGGCCUGCGAGACAAUGGGAAACGCCACAGUUAUCUGCUCAGAUAAGACAGGAACUCUGACACAGAACAAGAUGACUGUGGUUGCCGGUACUUGGAGCUCAAAUCAAAGCUUCAACCAGUCCACUGAGAUUGACGUUGAACCCACCGGUAACAUACCAAUGAGCACUGCAGAGGUCUUCAAAAUAUUUUCAAACCCGGUACGAGAUCUCAUUGUCAAAAGUGUCGCUUUGAAUUCUACAGCAUUUGAAGAGUUCAAAAAUGGCCAGAAACAAUUCAUGGGAAGUAAGACAGAAGUCGCUCUCCUCCAGAUGGCUCAAAACUACCUUGGCAUGGAUCUUGUUUCGGAGCGUGGAUCUGUCGAGAUUGCUCAACUCAUCCCCUUUGAUUCCGCACGGAAGUGCAUGGGUGUCGUAUACCGACUACCGAAUGCAGGAUACCGUCUCCUUGUCAAGGGUGCUUCAGAGCUCAUGGUUGACGCUUGUUCCGCGCAGAUCGCAGAUCUUGAUGCCGGCAAGGAAUCACUGUACACCGAGUCACUCUCUGAAAAGGAUAGACAGGUCAUUCAUACGACUAUUGAUCAAUAUGCCAAGGGGUCUCUUCGAACCAUCGGAAUCAUCUACAAAGACUUUAGCUCUUGGCCGCCGCCAGAUGUUAAAAGGCUGGAAAACGACCCUUCAGCCGCGAGCUUCGACGAUCUGUUCCACGACAUGACAUGGGUUGGAGUCGUCGGAAUCCAGGACCCGCUUCGCCCAGAAGUCCCAUCCGCCAUUCGUAAAUGUCACUCUGCAGGAGUCCAGGUCAAGAUGGUGACAGGCGACAAUGUCGCGACGGCCACAGCUAUCGCGUCAGCCUGCGGUAUCAAGACCGAAGACGGUCUUGUCAUGGAAGGCCCUAAGUUUCGCCAAUUAUCGGACGAGGAGAUGAACGAAAUGAUCCCUCGUCUGCAGGUUCUGGCUCGUUCGUCGCCGGAAGACAAGCGGAUUCUUGUUGAGCGAUUGAAACUUCUUGGUGAGACUGUCGCUGUUACAGGUGAUGGCACUAAUGAUGGACCCGCUCUGCGCACUGCCGAUGUCGGCUUCUCUAUGGGUAUUGCUGGAACGGAAGUCGCCAAGGAAGCCAGCUCGAUUAUUCUUCUGGAUGAUAAUUUCCGGUCGAUUGUCACGGCCAUUGCGUGGGGUAGGGCUGUCAACGAUGCUGUGGCCAAGUUCCUGCAGUUCCAGAUUACAGUUAAUAUCACCGCUGUGAUCUUGACUUUCGUUUCAUCAGUGUAUAGCAGUUCAAACCAGAGUGUUUUGAAUGCGGUGCAGUUGCUCUGGGUUAAUCUUAUCAUGGACACAUUUGCUGCUUUAGCCUUAGCCACCGAUGGCCCCACAAAAGAUAUCUUAGAUCGAAAGCCCGUUCCUAAAAGUGAAUCACUUUUCACCCUAACGAUGUGGAAGAUGAUUCUUGGACAGUCCGUUUAUAAACUAGCCAUCACCUUCAUGUUAUAUUUUGCUGGCGAUCAAAUCCUCAGCGCCCACCUCGUCUCCGACGAUCCAGCACUCCGCGCCAAACAACUUUCCACAGUCGUUUUCAACACAUUUGUAUGGAUGCAAAUCUUCAACGAACUCAACAACCGCCGUCUCGAUAACCGCUUUAACAUCUUCGAGGGCAUGUUCCGCAACUAUUGGUUCUUGGGUAUCAAUACGCUCAUCGUCAGCGGACAAGUGAUGAUCAUCUUCGUCGGAGGCCAGGCAUUCGGUGUAACCCGACUCAACGGCACUCUGUGGGCAGUUUGUAUAAUCUGUGGCUUUGGAUGUCUGCCAUGGGCCGUGGUCCUCCGCCUAAUUCCAGAUCGUCACUUUGGCGUUGUGUUCAAUGCCAUUGUCACUGCAUGUGUAUUCAUUUUCAGGCCGUUCUUGGUAGUCUGGAAGGUUAUUGUUCGUGGUGUGAAAGCGAUCUUUCAACCCGUGACGCGAUUUUCCCGUCGGGUCUUUUCUCGUCGGCAUGUGAAGACUAGCGAAUCUGCCACUCAAGAAUCUUCCGACGCUCCUGAGGACUUAGGCGCUCCGGUGAUUGAUGAGGAGAAUCCUACGGAGCAGAAGGUGGCUCGAGAGGAGAGCCCAGAGCGGCCUUCUGCGCCGGCGAUAUCGGUGCCUCCGAUUACUGUGACUGUGUCACCAUAG